UUUUUCCACACAUUUUGUACGCUCUUGGCUUUCUCUUUCUUUCUCUCUUCCUUCGCAUAUUUUUGGGGAGGCUUGCCGAUAUUCCUCUUUAUUUUUUUUUGUUUUUACCACUCCAAGCAGCCCAAUCAUUAUAUAUUUCAUAUUUUCACAUAUAGGAACAAUAUAGACUUGUAAAGAAGUGGUAGAAGGAACAAACCCAAUUACAUAACGCACAUACAACGCACAUAUACGUACAUAAAUGCCUGCAAACACGUCAUCGCCAUCGUCACGAAAAAAUAACAAUAACCCGGGCAUCACUAUUUCCACAGUGCCCCCGGCCACCUCUGCGACUACUACUUGUCACCACCAUCAGCGCCAUAUUGACAGUAGUAUCAGCAACCAACAAUUGGCCUUUUUACCGCACACUACUCGCCUUUCUUACGACAGUCUUCCGAUUUCGUCCAACAAAACCAGCUAUGCCGACCGUCGCAAAAGCGCUGGAGCGCUACCUCGCGCUAACGCGCUUACUACACCCACACUGAACCGGGAUGAGCUCAAUCACAGGAUCGCAGACAGUUUUCAAGAAUUUUCCAACAUGCUCACGCAAAUGUCGGCAGCCAAACAACACCAAGAACAACAACAGAAAAAUCAGCAACAGCAACGAAUGCGACAACCCAAAAAGUUACCACCAGCACCACUUGUCGUACCCACUACAGCAGCUACUUAUCCUUUGGCUACUCGGAAUCUCCUUGUAGAAACACCUCGCUCAUUGUCACCGCUACUACAACAACAGCAACUAAAUCAGCAGCAGCAGCAUUCGGGAAAAAUACGACAAAGUACAGAAUCAAUAGCGUUCGUACCGUCCAUUGCGUCGACAGCAUCGUCCUGCGCUACAUUUCCUUCAUUGGCAAGCGAUGAUCUCCGCGAACAAAUCAGUGGUAGCACCAGUUGUACUAGCACUAUUAGCAGUUGCACAGACGACGAAUACGACCACCGACCCUCUAUUUCAAAUACCGCAGCAGAAGAAGAUGUAUAUGAUGGUGAUAGUGACAGCUGCAGUAAUCAUGGCAAUAGCAAGAAAGUGAUGCAGCGACUAGCCCGCGCCAUAUGCAUUGGUGAUACAAGAACAAUCACAUCCGUGCUACAGCAACACCCAUGGGUGAAUGUCAAUCAACCUGACGAACUCGGCGUAACUCUCCUUAUUCAUGCUGCAUGCUUCAAUCGCAUUCAAGUGGUUCGCCCAUUGCUUGAAGCAGGUGCAAGUAUAGACAGACAGGAUAAAAAGGGCUGGACAGCACUAAUGUGGGCUGUGAACAGUAAGCAUGUUGACAUGGUCCGGUUACUGCUUGAUUGUGGCGCAUCGCGUAAUGUCAAAACGUUUGCAGGAUUUAGCAUCCAUCGACUCGUUGAUCCUCAAGACAGUACCAUGAUAAGCUUGAUACCCUCGCCAACACCUCCUACACCACCAUCAUCUUUGUCCUCAUCAAGUACACAAAUUAACAACAAAACAAAAACAUCACCGAUAUUUCAGCCAUCAUCAUCAGCAACAACAACAAUGGAUAUCAACAGCUUGAAAAAGAAAAGGCGUGCAUCCCAUGUUCCAAAAUUAGAUCAAGUCGAUCUUAUUUACUACCAAGCAGACAUGUACGGAUAUGCAGAUAUACCCCCAACAACACCAACAACAGCAAACAGCAGCAAACGCAGCAGCAUCAGUAGUUGUUGUAAUCGUAAAAAGAACGCAAAAGACGAAUACGAAUACGAAGAAGGUGCGAACAAUAGUGAUGAUGACGUCUAUGAUGAAGAAGAAGAAGAAGAAGAAGAUCUUGAAGGAUGGGAAGGAUGCAUACGCUCAAUAUACCAAUUCGACUGGGACAAGUGUUUGCCGGAUCAAAUGUUUGUAUUUUGUCAAGACGACAUGUCGUACAUACUAAAUACUGUCAUCAAUGACGUCAAACUUCCACUUGUGUCGGCGGAUGAUACUCGGCUCGCAGCCAAUGUCAUUUUUCUUUGCUGUCGAUUCGCAUACUAUCAUUCACGGCGUGAUUUUUUGCAGGAGUUUCUCACUCGAGCCAUCAACAAAAUUGCAAAAGUGAUCAAGGCGAACUCUCGAAAUAUUGAUUGCCUCGGCUAUUGGAUAUCCAACAGCCACAUGUUGUAUCUAUAUUUACGGCGAGAUAGAGGCUUAGCAGAUGUCACGCGAGACGAGCAGCAGCAAAUCGCACAGCAGCUCACGUCCGAAGCAUUUGCAUUGCUUGUUUCAUUCACCCAAAAGCGACUUGACAAGUUCAUUGAACCGGCUUUACUCGAUUAUGAGGAGAUUACUGACGAGCAUAUUGACUUUGUCGGAGACAGUGGUUGGCAAAGGUUCUUUCGACGCAGUUCAACAUCUUCCACCGCAUCCCAUACAUCCACUUCCACCACAACACAGGCAACAGCACUAGCCUCUACCUCCCGUCGCAACAGUUUCUUAUUAUCAUCAGCACCUACCUUGACGCCACCCUCCACGCUGACCUCGAUUAUUGCAUCCGUGACCCAAACCAUGGACAGCUAUGACAUGCAUCCCGAAAUUAAAGAACAGCUGAUAAUGCAGUGUUUGCAAUUUGUUGCAUGGCAGGGCUUCAACCGGCUGCUUGGCAACAAAAAAUACCUGUGUCGAUCCAGAGCGAUUCACGUGCGAAUGAACGUGUCAGUCAUUGAAGAGUGGAUCCGUCACACGGCACUGGGUCAUUCCGUUUCCUGUUUCCAGCCACUUGCGCAGCUGUUACAGCUGUUACAAUGCGUCUCACAACUGCACGAUCUCAGACUGUUCCAAGAGACGACGGCAGGGUUCGAUUUGCUAAGUGCUGUGCAGAUACGACGUUGCGUGCUGCACUACCGCUACGAAAUCAAUGAGCCGCAAUUACCCGAGGGUGUGCUAGCCUUUAUUCAAAAGGAUAGGAGCAGCAGUGGUAGCAGUAAUAGUAAUAGCUCCAUGGCAGCAGCAGCAGCAGCAACAGCAGAGAUACCGCCACGUAAUUCCUGUUGUAGCAAUGCAUGCUUUGAUAUGGCACAAACAUCGGUAGAUGGGGCCGACUUGUGUGCAUUCGUUGUACCUAACCAAGCGCUAAAACGUGAUCACGGCAUCGUGCCGAGUAUCCCGGAAAGAUGGUUGCUGAAGUUGGACAAGAAAUAACAUUGAGAAUAUUGCAACAAGAACUCCAAUGUGGUACAUUGUUUGAAAGGAAAGGGAAGGAGGGGAGAGGGAAUGAAAGAUUGAGAAGAGGUAUCACAAGAACUGUAAUAGCGUUAUACAGUGAGUCAAGUGACCGUUAUAAGCGCGGUUUAGCCUAAUCUAGUAAUCUGUUGUCAAAAGGGGGUAGUGAGUGAUUACAAGCGAAAAGCGUGUGCCAUGUAAUAUAGUGCAGGUGCGUGCUUGGUUGUUGUGUUGGUGUUUUUGGAAGUAUGUACGAUUGGGAGGGUUGUUUUGGAAUGGAGCAUGAAAUAAGCGAUAUAUGAGACUGAACGGGUAUAGACGAAGAUGAUGAUGAUGCCAUGCUGAAGAAAAACGAACCAACCCCUAUGGUUUUUCGAUAUUAGGUUUCACCA